AUGGAGUGUGGGGCCGUCAACACCACACUGAUAAACAGGAGUCGUGGAGCAGGCUACGCAAUGCUGGAUGCUGCUGAAAGAGCCAAGGAUGUAAGAGGCCCCUGGACAUACAAGUCGCUGAGCAUCCAUCCCGAGGUUACCACUGGCAGAAGGCAGGAUCUGAGUGUUUACACAGUAUAUCUGUGGCUGCACAUCCGUGAGACCAGGGUCACCAAGCUCCCGGUGCUGAAGGAAUCCGGUGGGGCGCAGGUGCAAGUCAAGGAAUGUUUCGAGUACAAAAAGCUGGAGUAUGUGGUGAUCGAGGCGGCCACGGAGCUCGUGGCCAGCAGCGGUCCCUACCUCCUGACCCUGGAGUUCUCGGGCUGGCUGAAUGGCUCCCUCGUGGGCUUUUACAGAACGACCUACGUGGAGAAUGGGCAAACCAAGAGCAUAGCGGCCACUGAUCAUGAACCAACAGAUGCCAGGAAGACCUUCCCCUGCUUUGAUGAGCCCAACAAAAAGGCAACAUACACAAUAACCAUCAUCCACCCCGCAGAGUAUAAGGCACUCUCAAAUAUGCCAGUGGACAAAACAGAGGUGGUGGAUAAUAAAUGGAAUAAAACAACUUUCCAAAAGUCUGUCCCCAUGAGCACUUACCUGGUAUGCUUUGCUGUACAUCAGUUUGCUUCAGUAGAGAGAACAUCAAAGAAAAACAAAACGCUCACUAUUUAUGUCCAAGAGCAACAAAAGCACACAGCCGAAUAUGCUGCAAACAUAACCAAAAUUGUGUUUGAUUAUUUCGAAGAAUACUUUGAUAUGGAUUAUGCUCUUCCCAAAUUAGAUAAAAUCGCUAUUCCAGAUUUUGGCACUGGGGCAAUGGAGAACUGGGGCCUCAUCACUUACAGAGAAACUAACCUGCUUUACGACCCUAACCAGUCAGCCUCCUCCAACAAACAGAGGGUGGCCAGCGUGGUGGCCCAUGAAUUGGUGCACCAGUGGUUUGGAAACACCGUGACCAUGGAUUGGUGGGAAGACCUGUGGCUAAAUGAAGGCUUUGCUUCCUUCUUUGAGUUCCUGGGAGUAGACAAGGCAGAGCCAGAUUGGCAGAUGCGUGACCAGAUGUUACUUGAGGACGUGUUACCUGUACAAGAGGAUGAUUCCUUGAUGUCUUCACACCCAAUAGUUGUCACUGUGACCACCCCAGCUGAAAUAACUUCAGUGUUUGAUGGGAUCUCCUACAGCAAGGGAGCUUCCAUUCUGAGAAUGCUUGAAGACUGGAUAACACCACAGAACUUCCAAAAAGGAUGUCAAAAUUACUUGAAAAAAUACCAGUUUAAGAAUGCAAAAACCUCAGACUUUUGGGACGCACUUGCAGAGGCCAGUGGUAAGCCAGUGAAGGAGGUCAUGGACACCUGGACCAGGCAGAUGGGCUACCCCGUGCUCAAUGUGGAGGCCGCGCGGACUGUCAAGCAGAAGCGAUUUCUUUUGGACGCCAGAGCUAAUGCUUCCCUGCCCCCUUCAGAUCUGGGUUACACAUGGAAUAUUCCCGUUAAUUGGUCUGCAGAUGGUGUAACAAAUACAGCAUUCUUCAAUAGGUCACAAGCAGAAGGCAUCACUUUGACACCUAAUCCUAGUGGAGGUUUUGUCAAAAUAAACCCAGAUCAUAUUGGAUUUUAUCGCGUAAAUUAUGAAAAAUCAACUUGGGAUACAAUAGCUACCAAUCUUACCACCAGCCUCCAGGACUUUUCUCCAGCUGACCGUGCAAGUCUCAUUGAUGAUGCUUUUGCCUUGGCAAGAGCUGAGCUUCUGGGUUAUGAGAGUGCUUUGAACUUGACCAAGUAUCUUACAGCAGAACGGACUUAUUUGCCAUGGCAGAGACUCAUUUCAGCUGUGAACUAUAUCAUCAGCAUGUUUGAAGAUGAUAAAGAGCUGUACCCUCAGAUUGAGAAAUACUUCCAAGGCCAAGUGAAGCCCAUUGCAGAUGAUCUGAAAUGGGAAGAUACUGGAAAACACCUCCAAAGGAUGCUCCGGGCCUCAGUGUUGGGGUUCGCAUGUAAGAUGGGAGACCAAGAGGCCUUGGACAACGCUUCCCAGUUAUUUCAGAAUUGGCUAAGUGAGAGAAAGAGCCUUCCUGUGAAUCUCAGGCUUCUGGUGUAUCGGUACGGCAUGCAGAACUCUGGCAAUGAAACUUCCUGGAACAUCAUGCUCCAGGAAUAUAGAAAUACCUCAUUGGCACAAGAGAAAGAAAAACUGCUGUAUGGGUUAGCAUCGGUGAAUAAUAUUACUCUUUUGUCAAGGUAUUUGGAUUUACUCAAGAACCCAGACAUUAUUAAAAGUCAGGAUGUGUUUACAGUCAUCCGGUAUAUCUCAUAUAACCGCUAUGGGAAAACCAUGGCCUGGCAAUGGAUACAGCUCAACUGGGAGUAUCUCGUCAACAGAUUCACAAUCAACGACAGAAACCUUGGCCGGAUUGUCAGCAUAGCAGAACCAUUCAACACAGAACUGCAGCUCUGGGAGAUGGAAAGCUUUUUUAAAAGAUAUCCAGAAGCUGGAGCAGGAGAAACACCAAGACAGCAAGUGUUGGAAACCGUGAAAAACAAUAUUGCAUGGCUUAAACAAAACAGGGACAGCAUUGCAAAGUGGUUUGAAAGUGUGUAGUAGGAAUAACUGAUGUGUUCAGAUAGCGUAGUUUCACUGUGUGAAUGUUGCU